CUUAAAGUGUAUUCAAUUUGUUUACAUUUUUUCAAAUAACGCAAAAUUUGAAAUUGAUUAUUUAUAAUUUCUUGGCCAAAUUCAGCCAAACCGUUGCUGCUACAAUGAGUCUUAACAGUACAAAUUAUUUAAUAUGCUGCCGGGCUUGUUUGGAGUUGGAAAAUUCUGACAAUUUUUCAGACAUCUUUGAAACACGGAUACCGGAUACGGAUAUCACAACACAGGUGGCGCUGAACGAAUUGGUUCUAACAACUGGAUUACAGUUUGUACCCGACGAUGAUUUGCCAAAAAAAUUGUGUACAAAAUGCAGCAUACGCUUGAGUGAAGCUUAUUGGUUUAUCUUGGAACUGUGCAGCAGUAACCGAAUUCUAGAAGGCUUACGUGAAGAAGCGCGAAAUGCAGUAACCAUCAAAGAAGAGCUGGUUCACAGCAUAGCGAAUACCACAAAUGAGGAUGCAACAAAUAAUAGCAAAGAAUGUUCUGAACCACCGUUGGAUACGGCUGCAGAAAACAAUGCUCAAAGAAAAGCUUUGCAGCAAAUCGAGCGUUUGGAAAAAGAUCUGGAUGAUUCGAACAAACAAUACGAUGAUUCAGAUGAUUCUGAAAAUGAAGCUGAGCAUUGCACUCUGAAUGCUGGCGAAGAAGAACUUGAUGAUAGUCCAGAACAAUCAGCACAGGAAACCGAAAGCAAUCCCACAAAUGCUGUCGAUUUUAUUUUGCAAAAUUUUCACAAUCUGAAUAAGUCAAAACGCAAAAAUCAAAAACCCAACAAUUCCAGGAGACAUCAAUGUGAGGUUUGUGAAAAAUUAUUUAUAAGGAAAUCAAAUUUGAUUGACCAUCUUCGGCUGCAUGCCAAUGUCAAAAUGUUUUCUUGCACGUUUUGUAAUGCCUCUUUCGUGCAGGCUGGCAAUUUAAAAUCUCACAUUCGAACUCAUACUUUGGAGCGACCGUUUAAAUGUCAGUAUUGCCACAAAGGUUUCACUCAAUCGAGUGCUUUGAACACUCACGAAAGAAUUCACACCAAUACCCGAAAUUAUAUUUGUGAAAUAUGUCAGAAAGGUUUCACCAAUAGUUCGGAUUUGAGCAAGCACAGAAACACCCACACGAACAAGCGUUUCUUUAUGUGCGUUAUGUGCGACAAUCGAUUUUUUAGCCAGAAAAUUCAUAUGAAAAAGCACAUAACUACAUAUCAUCAAACCGAGGAUACAGAAGAUCUGAUAAAGCGUGGAACUCUAAAGGAAGGUGUAGAAGUAGUUUUUCAGUCGAAAAAGUGACGUGUUUUUUUCUGUAUCUAGGUUACAACUUGACUUUUUAUUUAUGUAUCACAUCCACAUGCGAUGUAUAAGAGUGGUAUAAGUAUGAUUAUUGAUGCACUUGUAUGUAUUUUCGAAGAAAGAACGGAAGCUUUUCAAUUAAUUUUUCUUAGUCAUUUUUCAAAAUCACAUGUUUUUCACUUCGAUAGAACCUGAGCGAUUCAGAUUUUGAACCCAUCGUUACAUAAAGUAACAAAUUUGCAACAGUUUCUGUAUAAAAAAGUAUUUUUUAUGUUAACAUGAUUUCCAACUGUUCAAUAUGAUUUUUAGGAGAAAAAACGAGAUAAAGGAU